AACACAAGGAAGCUUCUUUUUGCUCUGACAGACUGAUUUCUACCACCCCUGAUUACAGUGAGAGCGUGAAAAUGGCAGAAGUAGCUCAGGAGGACCAAGACCCUUUCAGCUGCCCUAUCUGCCUGGACCCAAUCAAGGAUCCUGUGACGAUUCCUUGUGGACAUAACUACUGCAUGGCUUGCAUUAGGGAUUACUGGAAUGAGCGCGAGCACACAGAGACCUACAGCUGCCCUGAGUGCAGGGAGAACUUCAGACCGAGGCCUGUUCUCAACAAGAACACCAUGUUCGCUGAAGUGGUAGAGCGCUUCAAAAAGGCCAAACUUCAAGACGCCUCUCCUGCCAGCUGUGGACCUAGAAAAUGCAGCAUGUGUGCUGGACAAAAAGUCCAGGCUGUCAAGUUCUGCCCACAGUGUGAAGAGUCAUCCUGCGAGGCUCACACAGCUCGGCACAACAGUAUGAGCUUGAGAGAAAAGCACACUGUGAUAGUUGUUGGUGGAGAACCUCCAAAGAACAUCUGUGUUCUUCACAACAUGCCGUUAGAGAUCUACUGCCAGACUGACCAGCAGCUAAUCUGCUCUCUGUGCUUCGUUGAGCAUCAUAGAGGCCAUGAUGCUGUUUCAGUUGGACCCAAAAACACAGAAAGACAAGUGGACAUAAACUCUCCUCAAAAUAACGGAGGAAGACGGCCCAGGAACAGGCACAGGUCACAUGAACACGGCAGGAGGAGGCACAAGCAGAGCAGGCAUGGUAGGGGACAUGGGAGUGGACACAGGAAGAGCCUGCAUUCGAAAUGUGGGCAUGAAGCGGGUCACCAUGAAAGUCAUGGGUGCACACUUGGCAGGCAUGGGCACGCUGAAGGAGGUGGGCAUACACUGGGCAGGAACAGGAGUGGCACACAUGGAGGGAGGCACAGGAGCAGAAGGCAUGAGAGAAGCAGGCAUUAGAAUGACUCAUUAAAGCAACACAGAAGGCGCUGCUCAGAAUGAUGUGGUAGAUUUUGGAGUAUAAGGGAGGGACAAUGCUAUGAUUCGGCAUUUACACGAGACAUGUAAGUGAAUUUCAUGUAGUGAAACAGUCGCAUGGUUCUCAAACACAUCUCCACUGGACAAACAUGUAUUUUUUUUCUUGAAUGCAACAAUCGUUACUUGCUUUUUAAAUUUGUUGUUAUUGCAUAUCAUUGCUGCGGUAACAAAGUCGAGUAUGUGUUUUACGUGACAAAUUUACAUUACACUGGCAUGCAUUUUUAAAUUAUUCAAACGUUAGUACAUAAGCAAAGUCAUUCCAAGUGGUUUUGUGUGAACUGGUUCAUUUUUGAGAAACCGAUUUCUUAACAGCGAAGCUGAUUGGAAUUAAAUGUAGCAACAUCUAUUGUCCAAAACUUAGUUAAAUAGUAAUGAGCACAUCACCUGAUUCCUGAAACACUUCAUAGACAGAGACGAUAUGUACGCUGGCUGGUGGUGCAUUCAAUAACUGUAACAACCUUCUGUGAGGGAGUUCAAACACCUGGUUCCUAUCAUCGCUUUUGUGACAAAUUCUGACAAAGUUUAUCUAAACAGAGAACUUUACAUCAAAUGACUGAUGACUUUGUUUUUGUAAUUACAUAAUUAUGCAGGAACUUUCAAAAAUCCAUGGAGCUCCUCUUUAAUUUCAUGGUAGAAGUAAAAAUGAUCCUAACUAUAAUGUACUUUAAUGGCAGUAAUUUUGGUCGGUCCAUUUGUCACAAGAUUUUCACAAAGUGGUGAUUUGAAAUGAUAUGAAAAACGAAGGCUGAGAUGCCAACCACAGUAUUUUGGAGGAAACUGCAAACUGUGCAGCAUGGCCAGCAUUUCCCCCUGAACAUUAAAACCUUAAGUGUUUUAUGUUGCACAUUUAAGGUGAUUUUUUUUCCCCCAAACAUGGAUGUAUUGUAUGCAUACAUUCUGGAAGAAUAAAGACUUCCAAAGGCUUUACAACUUGACAAAUGUACUUACAAACUGAAUGGCUUUAAUAUUUGAAAUCUCAUCCUUUAAUCUUUUUUUGUUGAAUGGUAAACUGUGAAUGUGUCCUGAUCAUGUCAACAUAAACUCUGCUUUAUAAGGUGAUCCUGGCAGAAACUUUCUUUGUGGGACAAUGAAGAUAAAUGUUCACAAAACACUGAGAUAUUAAUGGGCUUAUCAUAUUUGAAGGAAACAAAAUAUUAACUUGUAUACAGGCACAUUUAAUCUAUUAUUUCCCCCAACAUGUG